AUGCUCCUGGAUGGCCGCAUGGUCGAGGAAUUCAUUUUCCGUGGCCGAUGCCUGCGAGUCUACGGCCAAGGCUGGUUCUUCCGUGACAAGCGACUGGCUCGCCUGGACCUCGAUGCCGCCGCCGCCAACAUCACACCGGCUACUCCGUCAACCCCACCGGCACCCUCUACCACCUCACCACCAGCUAGCUCAGCUAAGCCGGCUAAACGUCAGAAGACGACCACCAAGGACUCCAACGAGUGGACUGACGUCCGCCGAAAGCAGCCAGCGGUGUCCACGGUGCCCCACGCUGUGCACACCCAUGGUCGGCCCUGGGCGUCACCAAAUGCGUUUGCCGCACUCCACGAGCGAUGGACCUUCGGACACGCGGUGCACCGGGCAACCCACAGUGGUGUCUCCUUCGAGACAAUCAUUCCAGAGCCCACUCCGCUCGCCUCUGCCCCUGUCCACUCCACUACUGGUGAGUAUGUGACGUGCCCAAAACCACUCAAGGGCAAGAUCUCGCAUGUCGAGGUGCCACUCGACGACCUCAUCGCGGAGCUCCAUUCGCUCGAGACCAAAUCCUCGGCUGCCGUCCUGAACCAUGCACCGGUCGUGGAAGCUGCCGUCGUUGGCAGCGACGUCAGCCUGGCUACGCUCGUGAACUCAGGUCGAGUGGACUCAAUCUGCACCUUCAUGGGACGGCACCCAGAGGACUUUGGGAUCCAGCUCCACCGCCUCUUUGCCGACGACCGUCCUACCUUCGAGCUGCUGAUUCGCCAGCGACUGCUGCAUCGAUGGCUCCGCGCUACCUGGGGAGGAUCAGCGUCCUUCGACCAGCUCUACACCAAGUCGUUCGGGCACAAAAUGACCCGGGACUCCGUGGUGGAGCUCUUCCGAGCUCUGCAGCACUCGGACACCCUCGAACCCAUCGUCACUGCGACCGAUUGA